UGCCGCGGACACACCGACACGUUUUAAUGCAAAAGAAGCUUUAUUAUCAUCCUUAAUUUAAUCUGUAGGAAAUAAUAAUCAGAUUUUAAUUUAUUAUCAAAUAUAAAACCAACUUCACUGAUCAUGAGAGGAACUGCAGCCACGGAGAAUGAUGCGGAGGCGGAUGAUGUUGGAGGGAGUGGGGGAAGACGACCUACUCUUGUUUCAUCACCCUUGGACACCAGUGAAUCAUCUGCGAACGAUUCUCAAAACAAACAGGAUGGUGAGUUCCUCAGUGAUCUCUCAGCUGCUGCAGACAGCAACAAGCUACACCUAGGACAGAAUGGAGGGCAGGAACUGCUCCAUUUAAAUCCUCAGAAUGGAGUCAAUGGGGGUUUGGCCAGAAUUAACCCUUUUUAUACUUAUUAUUUGGAAUCUAGCGGCAAAGAUCACAUAAUGGAGGACGUUGUGAAGGAGACUUCAAAUGAAGUAAACCUUGAUACCAUCUUUGUCCCUCCACCUGAAUUUCAGAAUUCACCUCUGGAUCUUCAGCCUGAAAUGAAGACCUUGGAAAAUGGAGCUGAAUUUUCUCAACUUCCGAAGGACCCAUUCCAGACCCUUACCCCCAACCUAAUGCAAGGUGGCUUCCAGACACCGACACUGGCCCAAAAUGCUUCUGCCAAUGGCCACUUUGUGGACGUAACCCUGAACUCACCAGACUUAUUUAAGCCAGUUACAGCUCAAACACAGAACUUCUCCAAAACCUCUGACCUGUUUAAAGAUGAAGAGGUCGAUCCUUUCAAGGCUGCUAGUGAGGUUAACCUCUUUGAUAAAUCUCCCAGUAGUUUUGUAAACCCAUUCAGAUCUCCUUUAAACAAGGACGAUCCGUUCCAGUCUCCACAGACAAUGGUGAACACAUUCGAAACUACCACAACCAAAGAAGGGGAUUUGUUUCAAACAAGUCCAAAGGAAAGUGAGGAACUCUUCCACACCAGGGAAAGCAAACAAGAUCCCUCAACAAAAGAUGACCUUUUUGGCAAGCCUUUGUCCAAACAAAAUCUGGAUAUAUUUUCAUCUUCAUCCAUGAAUUCAAUCGACCCAUUCCCAAGCCCAAUUGCAAGGGAUUUAUUCCAAGACGUUUCCAGUUCGGAUGACCCGUUUGGUACUACACCCUCAAGACAAUAUGACCCUUUCCAAGAUGUUUCACCUGGGACUCCAGACAUCUUCCAACCACUUCCCUCGAAGACUAACAGCAGUGACAUAUUUGGGAUAACCCCCAGCAUUACGGCCUCUAAGGCCACAUUCUCUACACCUAUACUUAACAGCCCAUCAGAAGAGAAGUUGGACAUGCUAUCGUCACCAGAUCUCUUUAAGGCAACUCCUUCAGAAUCUCACCCAGCCAUCCAACCCAAGUUGCCCGACGAGCCACAUGAUAUUUUCUUGACGACUCCUCAAGGAACCGAACAUGAUAUUCUUCAGCCAUCUCCCUUUACUCGGGCCAGGAAUCUGUCCAUGUCUUUUGGAAGAUCUCCACCUGAGAUUACUCAUGUGCCAACCUUUAAACGUCCUCCAAAGCCACUUCCUCGAUCUAGACCACCAAGGCCAAACAAACCACUCAUGCCGGAAAAACCACCAAAACCAGAGAGACCACCCACACCAGCAAAACCUAUGGAACCUGAACCAACUGUACCAAAAACCUCUCCAAAACCAGCCCUCAGAUUGCUCCCAAAGCCAGUUAUUCCUCGCAGACCAAAAACUCCAGAAAGUAAACCAGUGGAACCUGUUGUCUACGAGGACAUCCUGCUUAUUGGACAGGAAAAGUGUGUAGAGGACUGGCCUGAAGACAGCCCUCAGCUCAACCCUGACUUCAAACCAUCUGGAACACUAAGACUACGCCGAGAAUCACUGAAAAAAAAGGUGGACUCUGAUGGAGGAAGUGGCGAGGAUAAGGAUGUCUCUGGGAGUCACAGCAAGAAAAAGGACAGGAAGGCCAAGUUGUCCCUACUUUCCAGAAGAGGGUCGAAGUUUGCUGAUGAUACAAAGGAGGCGAAGAGCAGGACAAUACCCACCACUCGUAAAUCAUCAAAGGAGUAUUUUACAGAAUUUCACAUGUCUGCAGAAGAGUAUGAAGAUGAGCAGAAUGGGAUGGACUACAGAAAGAAACAUCUGAAGGCCAAAGUCAGUCAGCUGCUUAGAAGAGCAUCAACUACCUCCUACGCACUAGAAGGAAAACACAUGAACGGACAUUUACCUCAAGAAUCAAAGGAGAAGAUACAUGAUGACCUCUUGGGUGCACAUGGCUACACACCUCGUAAGCAGUCCCAGGGGACAGUUUUGGAUGACAGCACUUGUGAGGACGAGGAGGGAGGAGAAGCCCAGCACGAAGAGAAGAAAAAAAAGAAGGUGAAAAUCAAGUUUGUGCCACACAGAGGAUUUGCCAUCACUGUAGACAAGGGAGCACAUGGAAACACACCACACAAAGGAUCAAAGGAUAAAACACACGGUGAGCUCUUGGGUGCACAUGGCUACAUGCCUCGUGAGAAGUUUCAGGAUGAUGCUUUUGAGGAUGUGAAGGAGAUGAGUCUUCAGUCAACCAGCAAGGCUGCUUUCAUGGAUGACGAGCACUUCCAGAAAACACGCCAUAUGUCUGCUGGAUUAAAUGGAGAUGAAGAUACAUGGGAAAUGGAAGACUGCAAACCUAAGAAACCAACAAAGACGAAGCUGCUGCACGGGGGCUUUGGAAGUUCUAAGGAGGACAUGCUGGAUGACCCCAGUCAUCAGAAAAAGAUGAGCAGCUUCUCGGCAGAGGAGUUAGACGAUGAAGAUGAGAUGGAGGACUGCAAACCGAAAACGACCAAACCGAAAAUCCCGCCUCCCAUCCCACGCAAACCUAAGACAUCCAGUGGACAGAGUGAACCGAUUGGAUUCAGCUACCAGAUACCUCAGCAAGCAUCCGUUGAUCCCUUUGCUGAGGAUGACUUCACUCACACAGGUAGAGAUUUCAUGAAAGACAUGAUCGACAGCGAAGAAGAUGAACUGGAAACCUGCAAAUCGCAGAAGAAGCCAUCGAAACUUAAAGGCCUCAAAAAACACAAGGCUAAGAGCAAAGCAAUACAGGAGGAGUGUGAAGAUCCACCAGGAGCUGCGCCAAGUGACUUCCUGUCAGAGGCUGCAAGGGCAGAGUGGCUGGCUGCUCAGAAGGAUGAGCACGCUAUAGCAGGUCUGGAGGAUGAGGGUGAAGACGGGGACACUGACAGUUUGAUGGAGUGGUGGAACACUGUGGAGCAAUGGGAUGAGGUGCCGUCAGACGAUGAGGACAAAGUGCUGAAAGAGGAUGAGUCUAAGUCAUUCACCAUCUUGGCAGACAAGGUUAGUCGCGGCCUACGUGUCUUCAACAAAGUCUUCACAGAGCGAGCUGAGGUCCUCUGGCAGUCCGUUAUCACGCUCCACGCCAUCGCUGAUGACAUCAACAACUUCCACCACAAGGCCAAGAUCGCUGGCAUUACCGGUGGCACCACCACGGCCGUGGGUGGUGUGACUGCCAUCGCUGGUUUGGUUCUAGCACCCAUUACCCUUGGUGUCUCUCUGGUGAUUACCGCUGUUGGCGUGGGUGUGGCGACGGCUGGAGGAAUCACUUCAGCCUCUGCUGCCAUCUCGGAUAACGUUAACAACAUGCAGGACCGGAAGAAGGUGGAGAUCGUACUGGAUGACUACGAGGCUGACCUGAGGGCCAUUGGGAAGAUCCUCCACUUUGUCAAUCAGGGCUUGUACAAACUGCGCGGCCAUCCCUUCCUCAGGUCCGGCACCCAGCACUACUCUAAGGACUGGGAGAUCCGCAGGGCCGUGCAGAUGAUCAGCUUAGUGGACUCGCCGGUGAUGCGGGGGGCAGAGAUAACGGACUCAGCGAUCGGCUCAGUCCAAGGACUCUUUAAAGGCAUGGACAAGUACUUCAUCAAGGACUCCAGAGAGCUGAAGAAAGGCUGCAAGAAAGAGGUGGUGGCUCAAAUAAAGGAGGUGGCAAAUGUGCUCAAUGACGUGGUGGUGGAGCUCAAUGCCAUCAGAGAAGAGCUACAGGAUGCAACUGGAAACAUGUGAGCAACAUCCUGCAUGAUGCCACUUUGACUGUAGUUAUUUCUCAAAAGAGCACUGACGCCAUCUUCUGGCUAAAUCUGGGAACUGCUGGUGUGGAGGAAGGCAUGGGUUCAGUCGGUCAGUACCUCCUGUUAAGUUAAAGAUAUUAAAAGAUUUGUCUUAUUAAUAUAUGUUUUAGUUUAAAAUGGCAGAUUUUAAAGAAGGUUAAACUACAAACAAUACAACCUAUUCCAAUAAACUGUUGCAAUGCUGCGAAAGAUACAACCACUGUGAAGCUAAUAAUGGUCACUAUCCUUGUUGUGGUUUUAGCACAGAGGGGUUAAAUCAACUUUGGUAACUUCUAAGGCUGUAGAUUUCUCUUGUUGUAUUUGUAUUACACUGUAAGACGUUUACUGUACACACACGGGAGGGGCAAAAUAACAGAAAAGCUGACACACUUCUUUGAGCACUGUAUGUUCUCUGGGUAAAAGGUGUUUAAAAAUGUCAAUUGUGAUCGCAGAUGGUUUAAAGAGUAACUUGGGUACUUUUGAACCUGGGCCCUAUUUUCACACGUUUUUCUUUUUGUAUGUUUUGGUAGCUCGGGGCAAUUGUGCACCAUCAAUUUACGUCCAUUCAGGUUAUUAUUAUUAUUAUUGUUCUAAGUGUCUGACAACAUAAUAGAAAGGAUCCCUACAGAGACAGACCUUUUCCUAAAGAGUAAGAUCCUUUUUGUUUAACCAUUAACAGCCCUGAAAUUACUGUCGCCAAACCCACAAGACUCCAUUUAAAUAAACCGUAAUUUUAUCAUUGUAUAUUGCACUUCAUUCAAAGUUGACAGAAGCAAAAUAAAACUCACAAAAGCCAUUUUGG